AUGCGGCCCCUGGCGUCGUCGAGGAGACUGGCGGGACAGGCGCGCCGGCCCACGGCGACGGAAGGCUCCGCGCCGAGCGGCGUUGCCAGAUUGGGCUGGGGAACGGAUUCGCGACGGCGCGUCGAGGAGGCCAUGUUGAAUGGCGACGAAGAGGCGCCCCCUCCAUUGAAGCUUGCAUUUGGUGGUGGAGGCAUUUACUUCUGGUGGGAGCUGGGCUGCAUACAGUGGUUGUCUGAGCACUAUGACCUCAGAAAGACCCUCAUGGUGGGUGCCAGCGGUGGGGCCUUGGCUGCCACCUUGGCUGCCACAGGGGUUGACUCAGAAGCGGCGCUGGAAAGUGCUCAUCGGUUAGGCAAACAGUAUGGAAUAUGGGAGCGCCCUCUGGGCUUGAUGGGCGUCUGGGGACAGAUCGUUCGGGAGUGGCUGGAAGAGUUGCUGCCAGAGAAUGCAGGAGAGUUGUGCAGGGACCGUGUGGAGGUGCUGGUCACAAAACUGCCUUUCCUUGAGCUCGCAUCGAUUUCCGACUUCACGUCAAAGGCGGAUCUUAUUGACGCCAACAUUGCCUCCGUCCACGUGCCGUUCUUCAUGGACGGCCAAUUCUCGACGCUAACCAGGGGCGAAUGGUGCAUCGACGGCUCCUUUCAGGAUUUCAUCACGAGCUCCAAUUCCGACCUGUUGACUUGUGGCGGCAACACCGUCCUAUUUGACUACUUGCAGGACAGCUACCUGGCGUCCGAGAGGGCGGACUUCAUGAGCCUGAAGGAGUACGACGAGGUGAAGAAGCUGAUGGAUUUGGGGUACAGGCACGCCCAACGUCUAUACGACGGCGGCGAAUUCGACAGGUUCGACUCCAGCAUGUGCCGACAGGGCUGGAGGUGGCGGCUGUGGCCUCAGUGGAGCUUUGGCUCGUAG